GGCUGGUCGACUGCAUUAUACCAAGGAUACAGACAGGAGAGGAAACUAUAAGACAGUGUGUUUGCUGCAGCUCAGCGGUUUCACGUCAAUGUAUCCUGUCACGCUGAUAUGUUGACAUGAUCCUAUAGUUCUACAUGACUUCUGUCUUUAACCGGACAAUAUGAGGAUUUAUUCGGUCUGCAUGUUAUGUUCAUUAAUUAUAUCAUCAACCGCAAGUGACACAGGCGUUCAACCCAUUGUGGCCUUAGUUGGUGAUGACGUCAUCCUGCCUUGCACCCUGAGAGACACCGUCAGUGCUGUGUAUCAGUCAGUAGAGUGGCAGAGACCGGACCUAAAACCAAAAGAGGUCCAUCUUUACAGAGAUGAGAAGGACGAUCUUGUGCUCCAGAAUCCAGUCUUCAGGGGAAGGACGUCACUGUUUAAAGAAGAACUAGAGAACGGCAACACUAGUUUAAAGUUGACCAGAGUGAAACUCUCUGAUGUUGGUAACUACACCUGUUACAUUCCACUGCUGAACCACCAGAAAACCAUAAUUCAACUCCUUGUUGGUGAGUCAACACACCUGCUGACCACCCAAACCCCCUUAAGAGACAGAUCUCAUGAAAUCAGGGGUGCUGUGUCCAGACCAGUUAUCAUCAUUGAGGGAAUGGAAGGCGAUGAGGUGGUCCUGCGGUGUGAGGCUGAAGGCUGCUACCCAGAGCCUGUCAUGGAGUGGUGUGACGCUCAGGGACGUGUCCUCCCUGCUGCUGGACCUACAGAGACGUCCAGAGACCGUGAAGGCUGCUACACUGUGACAAGCCAUGUCAUCGUCCCGAAGUCUGACAACAACACCUUCACCUGUCGCGUUCAACAGUUGGAGAUCAAACACAUGAAGGAGAGACAGGUUCAUGUUCCAGAUCAAAUGUUUCCUAAGACCUGCUGGCUGACAGUUCUUGUCACAGUUCUUGUAGCAGUUCUUGUUGAAGCUGUAGCUGGAGGUCUCUACCUGUUGAUGAAAAAAUGGAUAUUGACCUUCAGAAAGGAGGCGCGGACGUCAUUAAUGAAGAACAAGGAGACGACGAAGAAUGAGGAAGAUGAGGCCAGUGUUCUCAGUCUGUCAUCGGUUUAAAUGUGAAAUGAUCUAUAAUAAUAGUAUUAUGUGCCAUUUAACAGACAUGUUUGGAUGGUCCCAGGAAUCAAACCCACUAUCCUGGAGUUACAAGGACCUUAACUAUGACUACAUUUCGUUGUAUCCAAUUGUUAGUAUUUACUAUCUUGUCUCAUCGCUACAUCUCCCGUAAAGCCAUGCAUCCUCCGAAACACAACCCAACCGCACUGCUUCUUAACACAGCGCCAUCCAACCCGGAAGCCAGCUGCACCAAUGUGUCGGAGGAAACACCGUGCACCUGGCGACCUGGACAGCGCGCACUGCGCCCGGCCCACCACAGAGUCGCCAGUGCGCGAUGAGACGAUGAGGGACAAUGCACAGGGACAAUGCACAAUCAUAUAGUGAAAGGACCAGCUAUUGCAUACAGAAGCAAUCAUUGCCUGGCUGAGUUGGUGAGAGACUUCUGUAUUGUCGCGGCAGAGGUCACACGUAGGGAGUUGCAGAAGGGACAGUCUUAUCAGGCUCUUCUCAGGUACUAAGAUUUGUCUCUGGGGUCAUAAUGACCUUUAACUGUGCCAGUAAUCUGGAGGCUGAGUUGGUGAGGGUUACAGUGUUUCUCAAUCUUGCUCCUGGAGACCUAAAGGGGUACAUCGUUUUGUUUUGGGAAUCAAUGGAAUGGUAUCAUACACACAUGGAAACCACAUGUUUGACUCCGUUCCAGUGAUUCCGUUCCAGCCAUUACAAUGAGCCUGUCCUCCUAUAUCUCCUCCCACCAGCGCCCACUGACUGGGUUAGAGAGUAAUGAUUGUUAACCUCUCGGAGGGGACCAUCACAGGAGACGUGAGGGCGACGGGUCUGUAGCGUUUGAGUUCCCAUGAAAAGAUGGGGGAAACACUCUCUAGACUCUAGAGUUUUCCUCGUCACUGCAACGGAUUUCCGAAGAUGUCGUUUUGAAAAUCAACAGGUGGGGGGACUCUGAUAGAGGUGCUGGUUUAGAUUCAGUGUCUUCGGAAGGUAUUCACACCCCUUCCCCUUUUCCACAUUCUGUUACUUUACACUCAUUCUAAAAAUGGAUUAAAUAAAAUCGUCAUCAAUCUAGACACAAUACCCCAUAAUGACAUCACAUUACCCCAUAAUGACAUCACAAUACCCCAUAAUGACAUCACAAUACCCCAUAAUGACAUCACAAUACCCCAUAAUGACAUCACAUUACCCCAUAAUGACAUCACAAUACCCCAUAAUGACAUCACAUUACCCCAUAAUGACAUCACAUUACCCCAUAAUGACAAAAACAGGUAUUUAGAAUCUUUAAUUGUAUUUAUUUGAAGGUGUCAUGUGUUUAUUGUAUUGUGGUGCUGUACAGGGCUCACCUGGAAAAGAGACCUUUGUCUCUUUGACUCAAAAUAAAGGUGAAAUGAAAUGU